AUGGCGCCCAACGCGCAAGAGAAUGACCAGAAGGUCCACAUUUCCCUUCACCUUAGCAUCAGCCCUCCUGGCACACUAUCCAUCGAUGAUGCCUUCCCUUCCACACCUCUCAAACUUAUCGCCACCAUCAAACAAACUAAAUCUCCGUUUCCUGAUCGCGCGAUUACCAUCAUGACGAAAUAUUCUUGUCUAGAAGUAGACACGCCUGGAUCUGAGGGAGCAUUUUUUAGUCGCGCUAUGGCCUCGCCUCAAGUAACAGUCCCAGACCCAGGAUGCCCAGCCCCAGAGCUGCCACUUCGACCCACCAAACGGGUUACCAUCACACGUGUAUCGGGCGAUCCAGACUUGCUCAAGCGAGGAGAAGAAAACGGCUUCAGAUUCAUUACCAUUCCGCCUGUUAGUCAAGGUCACGCAGAAGUGAUGUGGGAGCUAACGCCCUCAAAACUGCUCCUGCGAUUGGGAGAUAAAGGCGAAUCCUUAGAGGAGAAGAUGAAGCGUUUUUUAAGACCCGGAGACACAUACAAGAUUGUACCUGACAACUUGCGAAUUCAAUGGUGGACCUUCGGCUCACUUGACGGCGGAGACGGAAUCGGAAAGAAGAAGAUCGCGCGCUGGAGUCUACCAGACGAUCUGCCCCUCGUGCGAGAGCCAGGCCAGGACGAGACAGACGAGGUAGCACAUGGCCUGCGAGACUGGAUUGAUUUACAUGAUGUCAAUAAACUGAGCUCUCGCAGUGCCGUUGAGAAUGAGCAAAAACCUGACAUUGCAAGAAUGCGUUCUGAAGGUUGGGUAUUUGGUGAACCUAAGACGGGCUUGGUAAUGACAGCCGAGAAUCAAGAACAUGGAGCUCAAUUCACUGUUGUUAGUGAUAAGUAA